UGAGGACGUGGCAGCCGCAGAGAAGCUGUCUUUCUUCCUUAGAUGACUCUCGGCGUCACUUCCGGUAGGAAGCAGAGUAGUGCGCUGUCUGGGAGCGGACAGGGAAGUAAGAGAGAGCGGAAGUCGGUGAGAGCUGUCUGGGGAUGUACAUAAGAUGAACGUAAAUCAGCAACAGCAUCUCGCUACUCCCUACAUGCAGUCUCAGGCCGGGGGCUACCAGCAGCCUGUUUACGGGGGUCAGUCAAUGCCAGGGGGCCCUCAAUACCCGGGGUACAAUGGCCCAAUGCAGGGCUACCCGCAACAUGCCCCUCCCCAAGGUUUCCCUCUUAAUUCAGGUUUCCCUUCAAAAGGGGCCCCUGAUUGUUUCAUGUCUGACAAUUCUGUCCCCUCUGAUUAUAUAGGUCCCGUGAGAUCUCCAACCACAUCAGGGCCACCGCCUUCAGCAGCAGUUCCUCGUACUGCAGAGCAGCAGAUGUAUAAUCAUUACGGCCAGGGAGACCUACAAAAUGGGCCAUCAUCGCUAGGCAACCAGAUGCAGAGACCCCCAAUGUCCCAGCCGUACCUACAAUCAGGAACUCUACCUCAGCCAGGUAGUUUUCAGCCGUAUACUCCAUCCACAACUAGUACACAGCAACUAACCAACCAAAUGAUGGGAAUGCAAAUUAGCGGCGUAUCCACAUCUACUGCUCCCCCUUCAGGAAUAAGUUACGGGGCUCCAAGCACCCUCCCCCCGGUCUCCGGAAGCUUUCCUGCCUCGUCAUCUGGUGAUUACACUUCGUACUCCGGUAACCAAGUGCCAUCUCCUAUGAAUUUGUCCCAAGGAAUGCCCCCCACUAGACUGCCGCAAGCUCAACCACCCCCACAGCAGCAUUUUUCUGGUCCGCAAGCCCCACAGCGCCUUCCAUCUCCACAUGGUUUUGCCCCUCAGCCACCACCAGCUUCAUCAGCUGCAUCAAACUUUCCUCCACCUAAUUUUCCACCAUCUGUUUCUGGUGGCCAUCAGCCUAUGUCACUACAAGGUCCUCUAGGACAAGUUAUUUCAGGACCCCCUACCAUGCUGAGCAAUCAAGCUUCCACUACACAACCCCAGCCCCCCAGGCCUGGAGUUCCCCAAGGGCCACCAAUGACUGGUCUUCAGGGGCCACCACCUUCAGUGCCGCCUGGCCCCGGAGGAUUUCCUUUACAGCAGAACGGAGCCUUUGGACAGGCUAGGGGUCCACAGCCAGGAUAUCCUUCUGCAUAUCCACCUGCUCCUAACUAUGGAAGCCAACCGGGCACCCAAGGACCUCCUGCCCCCCCACCUCCGCAGAAGAAGCUUGAUCCAGACUCCAUACCUAGUCCUCAGCUUAAUGAACUGCCGCCCCAGCAAAAAACAAGGCACAGAAUAGACCCAGACGCAAUACCUAGUCCAAUACAAGUCAUAGAAGACGAUAGGAACAACCGGGGCUCUGAACCUUUCAUCACAGGACCAAGAGGGCAAGUUCCACCGCUUGUAACUACUAACUUCUUUGUCAGAGAUCAAGGCAAUGCAAGCCCUCGUUAUAUAAGAUGCACAUCAUACAACUUUCCAGCCACUGCAGACAUGGCAAAGCAGUCACAAGUCCCUCUGGCUGCCGUUAUCAAGCCUCUGGCAACUUUACCAACAGAGGAGGCUCCUCCUUGUGUGGUUGACCAUGGCGAGAGUGGGCCCAUCCGGUGUAAUAGGUGUAAAGCGUACAUGUGUCCCUACAUGCAGUUCAUUGAGGGUGGAAGACGCUUCCAGUGCUGUUUCUGCAGCUGUGUCUCAGAAGUGCCCCCUCAAUACUUCCAGCACCUGGAUCACACAGGGAAAAGAGUGGACUGUUAUGAUAGACCAGAGCUGUCAAUGGGAUCUUACGAGUUCACGGCAACAGUCGACUACUGUAAGAAUAACAAGUUUCCUAAUCCUCCGGCUUUCAUCUUCAUGAUUGAUGUGUCGUACAGCGCUGUAAAGAGCGGUUUAGUAUCCCUGGUUUGUGAAGAGCUGAAGCAGCUUAUUGACUACUUGCCCAGAGAAGGUAACAUGGAAGAGUCAGCGAUCCGGGUGGGCUUUGUCACCUACAAUAAAGUUCUGCACUUCUACAAUGUAAAAAGCUCCCUGGCUCAGCCGCAGAUGAUGGUUGUUUCAGAUGUGGCUGAUAUGUUUGUUCCUCUACUGGAUGGCUUCCUUGUCAAUGUGAAUGAAUCUAGAACGGUUAUCACCAGUUUGCUUGACCAGAUUCCAGAGCUUUUUGCUGACACGAGAGAAACAGAGACAUUGUUUGCCCCAGUUAUCCAAGCGGGUCUGGAAUCACUGAAGGCAGCAGAAUGUGCUGGGAAGCUUUUCAUUUUCCACACAACUUUGCCUAUUGCUGAAGCUCCAGGAAAACUGAAGAACAGAGAUGACAAGAAGCUGAUUAAUACUGACAAGGAGAAGACUUUAUUCCAACCGCAAACUAAUUUCUACAAUACGCUGGCAAAGGAUUGUGUAGCACAGGGGUGCUGUGUAGACUUGUUCCUCUUUCCCAAUCAGUACGUUGAUGUGGCUACCCUUGGUGUGGUUCCUUACCAAACUGGUGGCUCCGUCUACAAAUACACUUUCUUUCAGAUUGAAACUGAUAAAGAACGGUUCCUAAAUGACUUGCGCCGGGAUGUGCAGAAGGACAUUGGAUUUGACGCCGUGCUGAGAGUUAGGACUAGCACAGGCAUCCGGGCGACUGAUUUCUUUGGUGCUUUUUACAUGAGCAACACCACAGACGUGGAGCUUGCUGGGUUGGACUGUGAUAAAACUGUGACCGUGGAGUUUAAGCACGACGAUAAACUGAAUGAAGACGUUGGGGCCCUUCUUCAGUGCGCUGUGCUGUAUACAAGCUGCGGCGGACAGCGUAAACUCCGUAUUCACAACAUGGCACUGAACUGCUGCACCCAGCUGGCUGAUUUAUACCGAAAUUGUGAGACCGACACACUUAUCAACUAUUUUGCAAAGUUCGCGUUCCGUGGAGUCCUAAACUACCCAACAAAAACCGUGCGGGAUACCCUUAUCAACCAGUGUGCGCAGAUCCUGGCCUGCUAUAGGAAAAACUGUGCAAGCCCCUCAUCUGCUGGCCAGCUCAUACUCCCGGAAUGCAUGAAGCUGCUCCCUGUUUAUCUGAACUGUGUUUUGAAGAGCGACGUGCUGCAGCCUGGCGGUGAGGUGACCCUGGAUGACCGUGCCUAUAUCCGUCAGCUUGUUUCACCCAUGGACGUUGCAGAUACAAAUGUCUUCUUCUACCCUAGACUAUUGCCCUUAACAAAGGUGGACCCCAGCAGUGAGACCUUACCUGUGGCUAUCCGUACAUCUGAAGAACGCCUUUCUAGAGGGGAAGUGUACCUGCUUGAAAAUGGCUUAAAUUUAUUUGUGUGGAUUGGAGCAAACGUGCAGCAGUCACUGAUCCAGAACCUUUUUGGAGUUUCUUCUUUUAGCCAGAUUGACUGUAGCAUUAGUUCACUUCCACAGCUCGAUAACUCGAUUUCAAAGAAAAUGCACACAAUUAUCACAAUGUUCAGAGCACAGAGACCCCGAUAUAUGAAGCUGAUGAUCGUAAAACAAGAUGACAAAAUGGAAAUGUUUUUCAAACACCUAUUAGUAGAAGACAAAAACAUAAAUGGCGGAGCAUCUUACGUAGACUUCCUCUGUCACAUGCACAAGGAAAUUCGACAGCUUUUAAGUUAAAGACUACAGACGCGCUCCUUCAGUGACGUUUCAACAUGUUUCACUAAACCACCAUCUUGAUCUAUUAAUUCUGCUACCACAACCUGAACAGGAGCAAUUAUUUUUUCUUCUUUGAUUUCCACCUUCCUAUUGAUACAUUUGUAGUUCCCAACCCAAAAAGAUUUCCCCAAAACUACAAUUUAAGAAAACAAAGUGGAAGAUCUCAUUAGAACGGCCUCAGAGAAGCAGUUUAUUGUACAGAUUGUCUCCAAAGUUCUUAAAAUGGAAGCCAGACUGCUGCUUGCAAAUUCUUGCAUAAUGAAUGUAGGUUCUCGUCUGCUGAAGAAUCUUUAAAAAAAAAAAAAUACACUGGUAAUUAUCCCCGCAAUGGUGAAAAAGGGUGAACUGGUUGAGAAAAUCUAUAAAGAACUCAAAAUAUUUCCGAUAUCCUCUGAUGAAAGUCUUCUAGUAUACAGACAUUAUGAAGUUGUGCCUGUGGGUUUUUGUGUUUUUGUUUUUCAUGGUUUUAUUAAUCUCAUCUUGACAAAAAACAUAUUUGUAUCAUAACUGCUCUAAAAAAAAUUAUAUUAGAUUCCGUCUUAAUUCCUUGUUUCCCAGAGAGACUACAAUGCUUUAUAUUCUGAUGCAUGUACCACUCUGGCAAAUAAGGAGUUAAAGCUGUACAGUGUAAAAGAUCUGGGGGAUUAAACAUUUAAUCCGGCUUACAUAUGAGUUUGUCUUGUUCUUAUUACCAAAAAAUAUAUAUAUUUUACCCAGGCA